AUGAUUAAUCAAACCAAGAAAAUUUUGCAUUCUAAUUUUCGAUUGAAGGAUUUGGGGAUGUGGAGAUAUUUUUUGGGUUUUGAGGUUGCUAGAUCUGUCAAGGGAAUCAGUUUAUGCCAAAGGAAAUAUGCAUUAGAGCUCAUUUCAGAAUCUGGUUUAUCUGGUUCUAAGCCUUCUUCAGUCCCUAUGGAAUCAAAUUUGAAGCUCACCUCUACUGCAUAUGAUGCCUUAUUUCCCACUACAAAUGAUCCUCUUCUUUCUGACCCAUGUGUUUAUCAGAGAUUGAUGGGAAAACUGUUGUAUUUGUGUAUGACUCGACCUGAUUUAAAUUACUCUGUCAACUUGCUCAGUCAGUUUAUGCAUCAUCCUAAAGAGUCUCAUAUGGGAGUUGCACUUAAGAUAGUUAAAUAUAUUAAGUCAGCUCCAAGUUUGGGGUUGUUUUUUCCUACUGAAAACAAUCUGAAUCUAUCGGCUUUUUGUGAUUCUGAUUGGGGCUUUUGCCUCAUGACCAGGAAAUCGGUUACAGGAUAUUGUAUAUUUCUUGGUAAGUCUUUGAUCUGUUGGAAAUCUAAGAGACAAGCAACUAUAUCUAAAUCCUCUUCUGAAGCUAAGUAUCGAGCGAUGGCUUCUACUGUAUGUGAGGUUAUGUGGUUGGUACAAUUACUUACAGAACUGGGGUUUCCAAAGUUUAUUCCAGUCCCACUUCAUUGUGACAAUCAGGCUAUGAAUCACAUUACCUCAAAUCCCAUGUUCCAUGAGAGGACAAAACAUAUUGACAUAGACUACCACAUUGUCCAGGAACAGCUCAAACUUGGCUUGAUUCAGACUGCUUAUGUGCCUUCUUUGGAGCAGCUUGCUGAUCUGCUAACCAAAGCUCUUGGCAGCACUCUUCACUCCAAAUUGUUACACAAGUUGGGGGUUCUUGAUCUCUAUCACCCUCCAACUUGA